CACAGUUACGUCAGUGUAUUUGGUGCGGCGCCUGAAUAACCGGACUUCCCCGAAAGGUUGGCGGUUACGCCAGACCAGGCGCAGUUCAUCGACAUCGACGAAGAGGCCACGACAUUAUGGCCAAGGCAAAAGCUCCACCACCAUCGUCUGGCGGGAAGGCUGCUAAGAAGAAGAAGUGGUCGAAGGGAAAGGUCAAGGACAAGGCCCAGCACGCCGUCGUCUGUGACAAGGUUACCUUCGAUCGUAUCAUGAAGGAAGCUCCUACCUGGCGUCUCAUCAGCCAGAGCAUUCUCAUUGAGAGGUUGAAAGUCAAUGGAAGCUUGGCACGCGUUGCCAUCAGACAUCUGGAGAAGGAGGGCUUGAUCAAACGCAUUGUGCACCACUCUGGUCAACUCAUUUACACCCGGCUAACAACCGCAUCAGACUAGAUUACUGGUCUUCUAUUCAUUAUGACCAUUCAUAAGCCCAUGUAUCUUCCACCCGCAACCAAAAUUUAUGCUUUCUGACUGGCAUUCGAUCGUCUGAAGCUCUGAGUAUCAGGAACUUGUAUGCAUUACGUCAAUGCUAAUUUUACGUCCGCCACCGAACUGCUACAUUCGAUGCGAUAAGUCCUCGAUGGAUGGGUCCAAUGAACUCGAAAGCGGUGACCAGUCGCUUACAUUCCCCUCUAUGGAUGCUUUUGUGAACAUG